AUGGGAGAUUUAACUGAAAUCAAUCUUAUUCAGGUGCUUGAGCAAGCAAGUGACCCUAAGAACAUCGGGUCUGAAAUACAAAAGCUGGCUGAGGCUAAACUGAAAGAAUGGGAGGUUCAGGAAGGUUUCCAUUAUUAUUUGCAAUCAAUCUAUUUGAACAUGGACAAUUCUUUGCAAAUCAGAUGGAUAUCAAUUAUACAAUUUAAAAAUGGUAUCGAAAAAUACUGGAGAUCCACUAGAUCAAAUGCUAUUAAUAAAAAUGAAAAGUUGAAGAUCAGAGAAAGACUGUUUAAUUUAGUUAAUGAGAAAAAUAAUCAACUGUCGAUCCAAAAUGCACAAGCUACUGCCAAGAUUGCUAGAUUCGAUUUCCCUGGUCAUUGGCCAGAUUUGUUUGAAAAUUUAGAAAGACUAUUAGAUAUUAAUUCAUCAAAUGACACUAAUAUUUACAACACAUUAUUACAUAUCAACCAAAUUAUCAAAAUUCUAGGCGCAGCCAGGAUAGGUAGAUGCAGACCAGCUAUGCAAAGCAAAAUACCCUUGAUUCUAAAAUACGUUAUAAGGAUUUAUUUGGAUAAUUUCGUGUCUUGGACGGAUUCAUCAAUUAAUAUAAAUGAGAAAUUCCCAUUACAUAUCCAAAUUUCAUAUUUGGCAUUAAAGUGCACAAGAAGGAUGAUAAUAGAAGGUGUCGAUAAUCCUGCAAAAGAUGAAAUUGUAAUUGAUUUCAUGAGAUUAUCCAUUCAGCAUUUCGAUAUUUUAAUAACUAAUUAUAAUAACUUCCGAACAUUUGACAAUUACGAAAAAUUCAUAAGAUGUUACGGUAAACUAUAUUAUAGUAUGAUUACAAAUUCUCCUGCAACAUUUAUUUUGUUACCAUGUUCAACAGAUAUAUUGAUAGUGUAUACAAAAAUUAUCUUUGAGUAUGCUCCUAACGUCUAUAACGAAGUUGCAGAUACCACUGGUGACUUUUGGGAACAAACUGUCAUUAGAGGUCUAUUAGUUUUUAAAAGAGUAAUCAAUUUUAUUUUUAAGAAGGGAGCAAUUACUUUGAAAGCAAGGAGUGAUAAAGCUAGUAUCGACAAAGCUAUUGAAAAACUUAAUGCAGAAUUUUUAAAUGAAAAGUUAAUUACUGAUUUGGUUGACACAUUAAUGACAUGGUACUUAAAAUUAAGACCAUCAGAAUUGGAAAAUUGGUUUAUGGAUCAAGAAGAAUGGAUAAACGAGCAGAUGUCCACAAGCUAUGAAUAUCAAAUCAGACCAUGUGCUGAAAAUUUCUUUCAAGAUUUAAUUAAUUCAUUCUCAGAAUUUUUAGUUCCUUAUUUAUUAAAUAAAAUUGAGAAAGAUGCAUCUAGUUUGUCCAAUUCAUUAGAAGAUUUCUUGAUGAAAGAUGCAAUCUAUGCAGCCUUCCAAUUGAGUGCUAAUGCCAUUUGCGAUAUGGUGGAUUUUGAUUCUCUAUUGGUAAAAAUAUUCUUACCUGAAGCAUCAGAUACCACUAACAACUCUACUGAUCAAUUGAAGAUAAUAAGAAGAAGAGUUGCAGUAAUAAUUAACGAAUGGUCUGUUGUUAAGUGUUCUGAAGAAUCAAAGAAAAUUUGUUAUGGAUUUUUCGAGAACAUCUUAAUGAAUGAAUCAGAUAAAGUAGUUUUACUAACAGUCGUGCAAUCUAUUAGAACGAUGGUGGAUGACUGGAAUUUUAAUAAAGAUAAUUUUGAACCUUUCUUAAAAGAUAUCGUUACGAUUUUAUUAAGGAAAAUAUUACCUUCUGUUUCACUGACCGAAACUAGAUUAUAUGUUCUUAAUACUUUGAGUGAUAUUAUUAUUCAAACGAAACCUUUGAUAAGCAAAGAUUUAUUAAUUGAAAUAUUACAAAUUAUACCGGAGUUGUGGGAAAUUUCAACUAAUAACCCUUCGGAAGGAAUAUUAUCAGGGGCUUUAAUUAGAUUACUAAGAAACCUGGUUCAAUCUUUAGGUCCACAAUCUUAUUUGACUUGGGAUAUUGCUAUUCCUGUUGUGAACAUAGUGUGUGAUCCAACAUCUCAACAUCAUCAUUUAUUAAGUGAAGAUGGUUUUGAAUUAUGGGGAAUACUACUUCAAAACUAUUCCAGCAAUGAAACAAAAUUUGAUGAUAGAUUUGUUGACUUUUUACCAUUUUUAGAAUCUUCUAUUGAAAAACAUUCAGAAAUAUUACCAACAUUGUUAGAAAUUGUCAAAAGUUACACUUUAAUAUUAUCACCACAACUUUUUUUUGCAUCUGAUUCAUUCAGUAAGAUUUUCAGUUACUUAUCCAAUUAUUUAUUAAAAUUGAGAGACGAUUCAUUUUAUUUAAUACUUGAGAUUUGGGAAAUUUUAAUACUAUCUAAUGAGGCAGAUUAUGAGAAUAUUCUUCUUCAAAAAUUUUACGAUAUGGGAAUUUUGAACUCUUUAUUCAAUAGUAUUUUUAAACAAGAAGCAUUAUCAAAUCAUCAAUGUGGGCAAUUGUUACAGAUUAUUGCAAGGAUUGCGUAUGUUAACCCUACUGCUUUAAUGAAAUUUAUUGAAAUGUACCACCAAGCAUUGCCAACAACAACAUCUAACGCUCAACUAGAUAUUGAACAUAAAAAAGUUGUUUAUUCCGACAUGCCAUUUGACAGAUUAUUUAGCAAAUUAAUAUCCAGUUGGGAAUAUUGUUUUAAAGAUAUAUUUGAUCCUAAACUAAAGAAAAUCCAUGUUCUUGGUAUUUCAAGUCUAUUAAGAACUGGAUUAGUUGUAGUAUUAUCAGAAAUAAUCACCAUUAUGCAAAUCUGGGUCGAUUUAUUAGAAGAAAUCAAUGAAACCCAAAGUGGUGAUUGUGAGAAAUACCAUCUGAACGAUAUUGUUACCGAACAAACCGUGGAAUUUUACCAAUUGACGCCUGAACAAUUAAGAAAUCAUGAGCUUUUGAAAAACAAUGAUCCAGUUCAUAAUAUCAGUUUGAGAGAGUUCAUUAAACAGACUUUGGAGUUUCUAGAGUCACACUUGGGGCCUCCUGCCUAUCAAGAAUUUUUCAACAACAUUAAUCAAAGUUUAAGGGAAAGUUUAUUACUUUUCCUUUCAAUCCAACAACCUAAAAUAAGUAACUAA